CUUCUUCUAAUAGAUAAUGCUCCAUCUCAUCCAAGUGAAUUGGAGCUUAAAACAGAGGAUGGAAACAUAAUUGCAAUGUUUUUUCCGCCAAAUGUGACCCCACUAAUCCAGCCAAUGGACCAAAAUGCAAUUAAGAUAACGAAGCUUUACUAUAAAACAAGUCUUUUAGCCAUGAUGGCGGCAAAAAAUUCAGAUUUAGUCAGUUCAAUGAAAACAGUAACAUUAAAGGAUGCUGUUACGUUUCUAGAGAUCGCAUGGAAUAAAGUCAGUACAGACACUAUGGCUAAAUGCUGGAAAAAUCUUUUGAGUUUCACGGAAUCUGAGGAAGAUCCAGAGGAAAAUGUUCCAUUGAGCAUUCUGAAAGCAAAUAUGGAUUCGGAGCUUCAGCUACUAAUGACGCGCGCAGUUGAUGUGCUUAAUGAAUUAAAUCCUCAGGUUGACUAUACAGUGCCAUCCAUUGAGGAGUGGAAUCAAGAUAUUUUGUUUGAUGACGUUACUGGGUCGGGACCAAAUGAGGAGUUAGAAGUGUCCGAUGAUGACGCUUACGAUGUGCAUGAAAAUCUGCAAACAGUAAAGCCAAGCGAAGCCAUAGAAAUUUUUAACCGGGCUUUGGAUUGGGCCGGAUGCGAGAAUGUUUCGCAAGAUGAUCUAAAUGUGUUAAGACGUCUAAUGGAGAAGGCUGUAUUUCAAUUAUCGGAGCGGAAAAAACAGCAGAAAAAAAUAACAGAUUUCUUUUAAGAAUAGAUACAUAUGUAUGUAUGCCA